UUACGUCAGUUUGGCGCUCGCAGGGCGUGAGAGGGACGGGCUUCGGAAUGUGAUCUGUGUCGGGAUUCGAACCACCGAGCACCUAGGAUUUGUUCGCUUUCAAAAAUUCAAUAUGGGCCGCCACGUUCAGGAGAUUUGAAACACGAGGUUGAACCUCCUUCUGCUUAUGCCCUGGUCACCUUGGAGAGAACGUGGGACUAAAGGAAGGGCGCGCGCUUGGUGACCGGCCUCCCCGCGUCUGGACUGGGCUGGGUCGCGCUCGCCCUGCGGUUUGGGAUCUUUUGGUGUCUUCGGGCCGCAGCCUUGUUUAAUUAAAGCGGGGACUGAUGCACUGAAGGAAGCAAAGGUUUUGCCCCGUCCGCUCACCCAAGGGCCCUAGAGACCGACUUUGCGGAUUAGUCUACCUUGUACUUGAACGUUCUGCGGGGGCGGGUCUGGAUGCAUUUGAGUGGGAACUGGAAUUGUAAGGGUUCCCAGGUAUUCCGGAAACCGAGUUUUGCGCACCACCACACCCGCAGCGUGGGAUUCGAGAUUGUCUCUGGCGAUCCUGGGACUUCAACAUGUAUCUUGGUUCUUGGUUAAGUCGUCUGUGCAGGGGUUUAUCCAGACCCAUCGGAAAGACCACCCAGCCAAUCUGGGGUUCUCUCUCCAGAAGUCUGGCGUUGAGUUCACAAAGAAUUCCAGAAUUUAGUAGCUUUGUUGCUCGGACCAACACAUGUGGAGAAUUGCGUUCUUCCCACUUAGGCCAAGAAGUCACUCUGUGUGGAUGGAUUCAGUACCGAAGGCAAAACACCUUCUUAGUACUAAGAGAUUGCCACGGUCUUGUUCAAAUUAUCAUUCCCCAGGAUGAGUCGGCUGCGUCUGUGAAGAAGCUUUUAUGUGAAGCCCCUGUGGAAUCUGUGCUGAAAGUAUCGGGGACGGUUAUCUCCCGGCCUCCAGGACAAGAGAAUCCAAAAAUGCCAACAGGUGAGAUUGAAAUCAAAGUUAAAACAGCUGAGCUCCUGAAUGCCUGCAAGAAGCUACCCUUUGAGAUUAAAGACUUUGUGAAGAAAACGGAGGCUCUUCGUUUGCAGUAUCGGUACUUAGAUCUGCGAAGCUUCCAAAUGCAGUACAACCUGCGGCUGAGGUCCCAGAUGGUCAUGAAAAUGCGGGAAUAUCUCUGUAAUCUACACGGGUUUGUGGAUAUAGAAACCCCAACAUUGUUUAAGAGGACCCCAGGGGGUGCCAAAGAGUUUUUAGUACCAUCCAGGGAACCUGGAAAGUUUUACUCUCUCCCUCAAAGUCCUCAGCAAUUUAAGCAGCUUCUGAUGGUUGGUGGUGUGGACAGGUAUUUUCAGGUUGCCCGGUGUUAUCGAGAUGAAGGUUCAAGACCAGAUAGACAGCCGGAGUUUACUCAGAUUGACAUAGAAAUGUCUUUUGUAGACCAGACUGGCAUUCAGCGUUUAAUUGAGGGUUUGCUGCAGUAUUCCUGGCCUGAUGAUAAAGAGCCUGUGACGAUUCCUUUUCCUUCCAUGACUUUCGCUGAGGCACUGGCCACUUAUGGAACUGAUAAGCCAGAUAUUCGAUUUGGGAUGAAGAUUGUGGAUAUCAGUGAUGUGUUCAGAAACACAGAAAUCAGAUUUCUUCGAGAUGCACUGGCUAAGCCCCAAGGAACUGUCAAAGCCAUAUGUGUUCAUGAAGGAGCAAAGUACUUAAGAAAGCAAGACAUUGAAUUCAUCAAAGAGUUUGCAGCCCACCAUUUCAGUCAGGAAGUCCUACCUAUAUUCCUGAAUGCCAAGAGGAACUGGAGUUCACCAUUUGCUAAAUUCAUAAUGGAGGAGGAAAAGUUGGAAUUAACCAGAUUGAUGGAGAUCCAAGAGGAAGACAUGGUGCUCCUGACUGCUGGGGAACACGAGAAAGCAUGCUCUUUGUUAGGAAAGUUACGACUGCAGUGUGCGGACCUUCUGGAAAUGCGAGGAGUGAUACUCCGUGACCCAGCACUGUUCUCUUUCCUUUGGGUGGUGGACUUCCCACUCUUCCUCCCUAAGGAGGACAGUCCCACAGAGCUGGAGUCGGCCCACCACCCUUUCACUGCUCCUCAACCCAGUGACAUUCACCUCCUCUAUACUGAGCCCCAAAAGGUUCGUGGCCAACACUAUGACUUGGUUUUAAAUGGCAAUGAGAUAGGAGGUGGUUCUAUCCGAAUUCAUGAUGCACAGCUACAGAGGUAUAUCCUGGCAACAUUACUAAAGGAAGAUGUGAAAUUGCUUUCCCAUCUGCUCCAGGCUUUAGACUAUGGGGCACCCCCUCAUGGAGGAAUUGCCUUAGGGUUAGACAGACUGCUGUGUCUUGUCACUGGAGCCCCAAGCAUCAGAGAUGUCAUAGCCUUCCCCAAAUCCUACCGAGGACACGACCUUAUGAGCAGUGCCCCAGAUUAUUUGCCUCCUGAAGAACUGCAGCCCUACCAUAUCCAGGUCUCAUGGCCAACAGACUCAGAAGAGGACAGAGCAUCAGCCACACCUUCCAAACACUUGAACUCUUAAGUUUUGUCUUCUUUGCUUUACCAAGCCAAAAUAAGAUCCAGAGCUGCCACAGACUUUAGAAUCAAAUUCUCCGUGUGGAAGCAGUCAUCACCAUAGGAAAAAACAGAAGCUACCCAAUUAUGAUUUGGUAACAUGUACCAUUAGGACUUUCUGUGGUUUGGACUUUUGUGGAAGGUUUUAAUUAAAGCACUGUAAAACAAAACAGAAAACCUCU